AUGACUCCGCGUUCUUGGGCCUGUAAAUUUGACCAUUUUGAAAUAACCAAAGUACUUAUAUCUAAAAAAGCAAAUCCGAAUUCUUCUAAUGUAUUUAGAAAAACACCUCUUAUUUAUGCAUGCGAAAACGACAAUAAUGAUAUAAUUCAAUUACUACUUGAAAAAGAAGCAGAAGUUAAUUCGUUCGAUGAGAAAGGAGACUCCCCUCUCCAUUUCGCUUGUAAAAAUGACAACAGUGAUAUUGUCCGAUUAUUAACAGAAAAAGGAGCUGAUGUUAAUGCAUCCAAUAAACUUGAAGAAACUCCUUUAUUGUGGUCAAUAGAAAAUAACAACAUUGACGUUUUCCGAUUAGUGAUAGAAAAGGGAGCAGCCGUUAAUUUAUCUAAUAAAAGUGGACAAACCACUCUAAUGUGGUCAUUAGAAAACGGCAACAAUCAUUUUUUGAUAGAAAAGGGAGCAGACGUUAAUUUAUCUAAUAUGUUUGGAGAAACAACUCUAAUGUGGUCAUGUCAAAAAGACAACAAUGAUACUAUCCGAUUAUUGAUAGAAAAAGGAGCAGAAGUUAAUGUAUCUGAUAAAAAAGGAGAAACCCCUCUUAUAUUGUCAUGUCAUAAUGACAACAGUGAUCUUGUCCGAUUAUUGAUAGAAAAAGGAGCAGAAGUUAAUGUAUCUAAUAUAGAAGAAGAAAUCCCUCUUAUAUUGUCAUGUCAAAAAGACAACAGUGAUCUUGUCCGAUUAUUAAUAGAAAAAGGAACAGAAGUUAAUGUAUCUGAUAAAAAAGGAAAAACCCCUCUGAUAUUGUCAUGUUACAAUGACAACAGUGAUCUUGUCCGAUUAUUUAUAGAAAAAGGAGCAGAAGUUAAUGUAUCUGAUAAAGAAGAAGAAACCCCUCUUAUAUGGUCAUGUUACAAUGACAACAGUGAUCGUGUCCGAUUAUUGAUAGAAAAAGGAGCAGAAGUUAAUUUAUCUAAUAAAGAAGAAGAAACCCCUCUUAUAUGGUCAUGUUACAAUGACAACAGUGAUCUUGACCGAUUAUUGAUAGAAAAAGGAGCAGAAGUUAAUGUAUCUGAUAAAAAAGGAUAA